AUGCGCUAUUCAAUUUAUGUGAAGAUCCCGCGCUUCCUGAAGAAGUCUCCCUUCCGCAAGUGGGGAAAGAAGCGGGACACUGAUGCUGAAAAGAAAGGGUGGCAGAGAAUCAGCGAGGAGACACCAGCGCCGACCACCAGCAAGGCUGCCGAUAAAGUGAUUCAACCGCCGGAGAACAAGGAGCACCCUCCGCGACCGGGCACACCAAGGCCGGUCUGUCCACCGCCGCCUAUCCGCCGAAAGGCAAGAUCCCUGCUCAGGACAAGCUUCUUGCCUGAGCGUUCCGCGUCUGAAGACUCGAUAAGCAGCAGAGUCCAACUCCUGCACAGUCAAGAUGUGGACAGUCCCUUUCGCGGCGCCUCAAAGAGCGCCUACAGCGGCUUACAGCCCCGGAGACAGUCACUCGAAAGCGUUGUGACUAAUGUAAAGUGUCCAACGCCGCCAUCGCUUAUCCCACGCGACCGCUAUGAGAACUUCAGCCAAUGGAGGUCUGUGUCGUCUGAUAGCGAAGAUAGCUUGACAGGACAAACACAGGCCAUUUUCGAAAGCUACACAAAGUUACAAGAAGCCUAUGGGGAUGAGGACUCCUCCGAAGCAGAAACAAUAGAAGACGAGUACAGUGACCAGCCGCCGAGAAAGAUCUGUAGGAUUCCGAAAUCGUGUCUAAGUAAUAAUCCAAUACCCACACACACAAGUUUGCCUGAGGGGGCUAACACACAGGCUCAAGCGGGCACAUCGAAGCAGGAGCCUUGUAUCCCAGCUGAGCGCCGUCAAGGACGUACACGGCAGCGGACACUCAAGUUACGUCAGCGUUGUGCUUCCGAAGCUCCAAGACGUAGCCCUAGCAGAAUAUACAGCAGUUUAGAGUACAGCCCUGACAUUAGUAAACCGGGCCCUUCCUCAUCAUGUGAUUAUACUCGACCCAGAAGCCUAUCACUCGACAGUGUUAGAAUUCAUCCACUGUACCCGUCACCUCUCUCACUCUACGACCCCACUUACUGUUCGCACCGACGGACAGUUGAUUGGGAAUCACUAUCAGAGGACAGCGAUUGCUUCAGACGGUACCCACCGAGGCAAACAAUUUUCGAAGAUUACACAGAGUGCCCGCCCGAUACCGGUCUAGCACAACCAACGAAAAUGAACGCCGUGGAAGAACACGAGCGAAAAAUCAUUAUAGAGUUUUGCCACCUAUUAGAGAAAUCGAAGCAGCUGUUCAACAGCUUGAGCCUGCGCACGAGUGAGACUGGAUAUCUCAUAGAGGCGUUCGCAUUCUACUCGGCAAUUCGCGGUCGUAGCUACUACACUCAGGCUUGCAAAGAAGACAAGUGCGAACUAAUGGUCAAGAAGCUUCGCUAUUACGCCCGCUACAUAGUGGUGUGCCUGCUUCUUAAGAAGCUGAAUCUCGUUCAGGACCUGAUUAAGGAACUGGACAGGCAGAUCAUUGCGUAUGGCAACGCAUACGAUCCCGACGACCAGAUUGAGUGGACGGUCGUCAUGGAUGAAGUGAAGGCUUUCAUCGUAGCCGAGUCCGUCGUGACCGUACUCCAUCCGGAAAACUACCCGAUAAUACUCUCGCACAGGCUGAAUAUCCUCACCAUACCACCACCGGAAAGACUCACGGCGACAUCCAUUACGUUGCUGGAAGCGGUAAUAGUAGGCAGCAUCACACAUCAAGUAAAGUUCUCCGAACUGACAAUAGACAUGUUUAGACUCUUGCAAGCCGUGGAGUGGGAACCUACCGGCGAGAUGCCGCAUAUUUACAAUGAAUCACCGCGGCCGCGCUUUUCAUCUAUACAGAAGAGUAAAGGGUACAUCCCGGAGCAUGGUGGGCGUCGCGAGAACCCUCACAAGUACCUGCUCUACAAGCCAUCUGCAGCGCAAAUCCUGGUGUAUCUGGCCAGUGGUUGCUACGACCUGCCACCGAAUGGAGCCCUGCUCUUUUACAUCUCCGCCGACUCCCUUAUCGUGCCAACUUCGAAACAUACAGAAGAAGGCGGUUACGACGUUGGCGGCCUCGCCACCAACGUCAAGUCCGACUUGUAUAGGGAGAGGGAGCGCGAAAAAGAGAGGGACAGGGAACGAGAACGGGACAGGGAACACUCCCGCGAGCGGAAGACAAACCAGCCGAAGAUUAAGGAGCCGCAAUGCAUCUACCCCGGCGACCUGUGCCCGUUCACCAGAUCGCCGCUUUUCGUCAUCGUGGACUCCGACAACUCGUUCGUGUUCCAGAACAUACCGCGCCACUUCGGACAGCCGCUGGUGGUGCUUAUGUCACCGCUCGAUCUCCCAAGCUUAUUCCCGAGAGACCACAGGAAGGAGGGCAGUCUGUUCACACUUUUCCUCCAUUCGCCGUUGUCUGCUUUCUGCUACUGCUGUGACAUUAAGACCACGUCACUAAUUCAGUGGGAGCGCGCCCAAGCCUACGUCGAAGCCUUCCUCAUAGAGGCAUCCCAGAUUAUGACGAGACAUCGGGUCGACCCGGCGUUCCUUGCGUUCAUGGCGGAUGACUUUUUGCGUCUACUGGUGCUGCGCUAUCUAUUCUGCGAGGUGGCCCUGCGGCUGCACCGCAACUUCCGCAACAAGUCCCACCUGCCGCGCUCGUCGCCGAGCCUCCCCGAAGAGCUGCUUGGCCACCCGGCGCUGGUGCACAUCGUCAUGGAUCUGGUUGCUCACCUCCAGGUCGCUCGUAGCUCGGACAUUUUGGACGUCAAUCAAUUUGCCGAUAAAGAGAGCGAUUUGCCAUCAGUGCCCCUAAAAACAUAUCAAUGGGAGGACCUGCGAAGAGCACGUGAGGCUGGAGGCUACCCGUGGACUCAUUUUCUCAAACCACCAUUGGAGGGAGAAAUAACUGCCGAAGACAUUAUCAGAUCAACAACUCCCAGAAGAAGCAUGUCUCGUGAAUUUUCUACAUCCCGUACACAUUCACCAAGUGACGGAGAAGCACAAAGAAUCUUAAACCUAGACUCUUCUCCAGGAAGUAGCAGAAAACACGGUGAAGAGGGCGAGGACGAAGGAGUACAUGUGCCAAAUUUUUCUAAAGAAAUCUCUUUAGAUUCAGAAGAUCUCCCAUUAAAUCAGCCAACAGAAUCCAGUAUACCAAAUAGUCAAAAGAGCUCACAUCUAGUAAAGCCUGUUGAAUUACCAAAGAGUGUAUCUCCAAAAGGUAUACUAAAACGCCGAGCACACGAACAACAAUAUAACAUUGGGGUUACAGAAACAAGAGAAAAAACAAAAUGCUGUCAUCCACUAGUAAACAAAAUAAAACACCUAGCUGAUAAAACUCUACAUAAAUUGGAGAGGAACGAUAGUGAAAAGUCGCCGCAAUCAAAAAGGAAAAAAAAUGGGGAUACACAGGAAAUAAGGCAACUAAAAUCUUCUCCUGGAGCUGUUCGAAGGCAAAAGUUUAGUGCAAUCAAAUUAGGAGAUUCCGAUGAAAUGAGCAAAACAUUGAGCAUCGAUACACCACCACCAAGAAAAAAGAAAGACCACAUUUAUGAAGAUAUUGAAGAAGCGAAAUCCCAGAAUGAGAAACAACACGUAGAAAAAGAUAUAAAUGAUACAGAAAGAGAAAAGGUUAAUGUAAAUAAAGAGAAUGAUAGUCUCGCAGAAAAAAAAUCUAAUGCCUCACAAGACCCCAGUUUAGUCGUAGAAGAUACAAAUGAUCGUAAUGAAAAUAUCAUGGGAAAGUUACAUAAAAAAGAUAUAGAAAAAACGAAAGAAAUUAUACAGAAUGAAUUGGACAUCGAUGAACCCAAUUUAGAUGAAAUCUUCCAAGAACAAUUGGAAGGAAACGUUCCAGUCAAUGACUCUCCCAAUAUUACUAUCACGGAAAUCACAGAGGAUAACCCAGAAAAUAAUAUUGAACAAUCUAAAGCUAUACCUAUUGAAUCAUCACCUAGUCCCAGUCCUUGUGAAUUUCAACAGAAACAAAACGACGUUGAAAUCGUGGAUAACGAAUGGUCUAAGCCCAGCAGUGAUCACGAGUAUGAAAUAAUAGAAAAACCGCCCCCAAAUAUAAUCUAUACUGCUCCAAGUAUAGACGAGGGACCAAAAAUGGUUAAAACUGAUGAUGAGCUAUCGAGCACUACUUCAUUAGAACGAAAAUUUUUACAACAUGCAUCGGAUGAAGAGGAGCAAAUUAAUGGAAAAGAAAACGAGGAAAAUAAUGAAGAAAUUCUUAACGCCGAAUCUCUACAAAAGUGUAUAGAGGAACGUUUUUUCGUUAACACACCUUCUACAGUAUCUAGAACUGAGUGUGAAAUAAUUAGACCAUCCAGAGCCAAACGAAAGAAGAAAGAAACAGAAUCAAUUAAAUACAUUGAUGAUAGUGUCAACGCGAGUAUACAGUUUAGCGAAGUUGAUUUGGGACUUCCUGAGAAUCAAGUCGAGGGGCAGCAGACCGAGCUAAACAUUUCCGAUGAAGCUGCUGAAUCAAUAAACUUUCAUCCUGAGUUUAUAACAUCUACUGAUCUACGAUCAAUUAACGAAUAUGCAAAUGAUGAAGUCAUUGAAUAUCCGGAAAGUACACCCGUUGUGUCCAAAACGUUACCAAUGCCUCCGAAACGAAAGAAAAAGUUCAGCAGAAAAGAUCUGAAACAUUCUUCGUUGAAUGACUUCAAGACUAUAACGCCGACAGAACUAUGGGAUGGGCAGCACGACCGAGAUGAUAUAAUUGUGUACCGGACGGAGCACGAAUACAUAGUGCCACAGUCAGAGACCACAGCCACAGAAAGAAGCCCCGUACCGCCUCGUAGGAAUCGUUCUAGAAGCUCUCGUGGUACGUCACUUUGCGAUGACGAUCGAACGUCUCACGGUGCUGAGUCUCUGAUACUAGAUACUCACUUCCCACCAACAGAGGGCACUAGCGUGCACAGAGAAGCAAGACAAGAAAGCCCCGGGUACGCCACAGUAGAUAAAGGACCCUACGCACCCAGCAAAGCUGCCAGGCGAUCCAAAAGCAAAACUCCACCAGUGCGUCGUCGCAAGAGCAAUAGCUCCGAAAGAAAGUAUUACACAGUCGGGCCAGGUAAAAGGACGACGCCGGAUCGGCCGUCGAGGAAAAAAUCUUCCACUAGUUUAAUGACGUUGGAUAGUUUCACUAAGCGCUCUAUUAGUGGUGAUAUGUCUCAAUACGUGGAAAUCGACAAAAACCCGUCCAAAAAUAUUCACAAAGGUUUGAUUUCGGGAGAAGUGGUGAAAAAAAUGAAAGAUAGACCUUUACCACCCCCACCCAGACCCCCUAGAGGACCAAAGAGAAAAAAAAAGUUUGAUGAAGAAUCCUUCGAACCAAUUUCAACAGAGCUCAUAGCACCCUUUGAUACUUUUUCUCGGCACACUCCAGAACUACUUGCGACAGACGAUGUAGUAGAAAUAGAGGUUUCAACGCAAACAGAUCCACUUCCCGAUGAUAUAGAUUUUGAGUAUGGUCUGGAUGAAAACCUUGACAUAUCUAUGUCCAGCUCGCUAAAAGAUAUUAUUGAUGAAGAAUCAAUGAUUGGUAGAUCAAGAAGAAAAAUUUCAGAGAGCUCCCGUUUUUCACGAACUGCUUCAAGAUCAGAAAAAUCUUUGAAACUAUCAGAUCCUAAAAUAUCCGAGUUAUCGAAGUCAAAUAUCGAUAGAUCAUCACCAACUGUCAUUUUGGUCGAGAAACGUGUGUCAAGCCCAACAAAAAUUAAUGAACGUGAAGAAAUGUUAACUGAAGCAUCAUUAACUGUCCAACACAUAGAUAUAGACGAGUCAAAAGUUCCAGAGGUACCUCCUCUACCAAAAUCUAAAGGUCUAAAUGAAACCACUGUUUUAACUGAAAUUACUUCACCAAGCGAAGAACAAACACUCGAGAGGGUAUCUGAUGGAUCUAAAGACGUACAGCUAGAUAACUUAGUCACUCAACGACUUCAGGUGAAAGAUCUAGAUGUAGGUAGGCUUAACGUUUCCGAGCUGCAAGCCAGUAAAAUUUUAGUCUCUGACAUAGAGGGUAUGACGUUACAAGUCAGCGAGCUUGAUUCAAAAUCUGGUCACAUUUCUGUAAGUGGUAUUGAGUUUUCACAAUCAGUAAUAGAUGAAAUUGUUAAGAAAUUCGCGGAGAUAUCGACAAGCAGCUUACAAGGUACAAAUGCGAGUCAAGAAGUUGUUGAUGUACCAAGACCAAUUAGUAGAGAGGAGCAUACUCAAACAGAAGAGAUGCAGACCGAGAAUGCGGACUUUACUUUACCGACAUCUUUCCGCCCUCCCUCGAUCCAUGAUAGACCGCUCACCUCCACCCACGAUCCUCAACAGCAGUCUCCACCACCACCAGUGCGGAGAGUAAAGAGGAAACCAGCUGCCGCACCCGCCAGUGACUCCAGCUCAGACAAAGAUAAGCUACGUCCCUCACCUAGGCGGAUGCCGCACCCAGGGAAACAGCACGAGCCAACAGUUACAGAAACCGGGGCGCAAUUUCUACGCGCGUGUCAAAACUCCAUCACUAGGACUAUAAGAAAUAUUUUCAACGCUUUCAUGUCGUACAUCCACGGCCACGAAGAUAAGAAGGACGUACAGAUGGCGCUGGUAAUAUUUUUGGUGUUGAUCGCUGGCUUAAUUAUGUUCGGCCUCAGCGACAGUCGCACGGUGCACCAUCAUCAUUGGGAAUUCUUUAAUCCACCGGACGGUAAUCAG